UCAAUGCCCAUUCUGUGUGGGUUCCUGAUUCUCUGGGUUCUUUCCUGCGGAGAACAAUUCUCUAGCUGUCCCGGCCUCAGACUGGGAGGCUGGGCUCAGGGCUCCCUCCAGUGGUUUAUGCUUCAGCUUCAUGGAUAGAAUGUCCCUGCUACCCCCACACUGGAUGAGGGGGCUAAGGGUCAGGAUGGGCAUUUGUUGAGCCCCUUUCCAACCUUUGUAGACCAGAGCUGAGUGAGGGGCUGGACAAUGAGCCUCCUCUUCCUUGAAAGAAAGAAUUUUGGUAGAGACAAUAAGGCCCUGUCUGCUCUAGCAUAGGGGGCGGUGGCUGACUCAACUGUGCCCCACCCCCACCCCUGCGAGGCCCUGACAAAUGUCAACAAGAAAUGGGGUCAGUUUUCCUCUUAGUGCCCUGGGUUGCCUUCUUGCCCUUCACUGAUGACUUCCCCUUCUUUCUUGCUUCAGCUGAUUUUGCGCCUUUUCCCGUCAUCUGACCCUACUUUGUUCUCUGCUAGCUCCCUCUCCCUGCUCCCCAGGUCUCUCCCACUCUGUGUUGUGUUUAAGAGGGGGGCAAUAGCCGAGGGUGUUGGUGGUGUUACAUAGCCAGUGGCCUCUGCCGAUUUGGGGAGGGUUCCAGAAAUAAGGGGCCUCAAGUUUGGAAGAUACUUCUAGGGGGCCCUUUGCUGGGCUGGGGUGAAGGUAGUAGGACUUGGACCCCACUAAGCAGAACAAGCUGGAGCUAUGGGGGAGGCUGGAGGGAGGGGGCAGGAAUGGGAGGACUCUGUGUAGCCCAGCCCCUCUGCAGCAGCCCAGCCUACCCACCAUUCUGAGCUGCUGCUGCUGAGGCUGGUGGCCUGAAGUUUCUGGGAGAGAGGGAAAAGCAGCCAGCAGGGCGGUCUGGAGUCAAGGAGAACCAUGGGGUCCAGGGCUGAGCUGUGCACUCUCUUAGGUGGACUCUCAUUCCUCCUGCUGCUGCUGUCAGGCGAAGGGUCCAAGGGUGGAUCCCUCAAAGAGAGUCAGGGAGUCUGCUCCAAGCAGACACUGAUGGUCCCACUGCGUUACAACGAGUCCUACAGCCAACCAGUAUAUAAGCCCUACCUUACCCUGUGUGCUGGAAGGCGCGUCUGCAGCAUGUACAGGACCACGUACCGAGUGGCGUGGCGGGAGGUGAGGCGGGAGGUGCAGCAGACUCAUGCUGUGUGCUGCCAGGGCUGGAAGAAGCGUCAUCCAGGGGCGCUCACCUGUGAUGAAGCCAUCUGCGCUAAGCCCUGCUUGAACGGAGGCGUCUGCAUUCGGCCUGACCAGUGCGAGUGCGCCCCUGGCUGGGGUGGGAAGCACUGUCACGUGGAUGUGGAUGAAUGUAGAACUAGCGUCACCCUCUGCUCCCACCGUUGCCUAAACACUGCAGGCAGCUUCCUCUGUGGCUGCCCACAAGGCCUGGUGCUGGGCCCAGACAGGCGCUCCUGCACAGUGGGGUCCCAGGAGUCUCCAACUAGUGCCAGCAUCUUUACUGUGGCGGUUCAGGAAGCGGAAGCAGAAAAGGAUGAGCAUGCCCUGAAGCAGGAGAUCCAUGAGCUGCGAGGGCGCCUGGAAAGGCUGGAGCUGUGGGCUAGGCAGGCUGGGGCCUGGGUCCGAGCUGUGCUGCCCAUACCUCCCCAAGACCUGCAGCCGGAACAGGUGGCAGAGCUGUGGGGCUGGGGCGACCGGAUCGAGUCUCUCAGUGACCAAGUGCUGCUGCUGGAGGAGAGGCUGGGUGCCUGUUCCUGUGAGGACAAUAGCCUGGACCCAGUCCUCAGUGGGCGCCCAUGAGGAUCUCUACAGAACCCCUUGCUCCCUAAAGUAUACAGAAGCUGAACCCACUCUCGUCCUUUGGAUUCACCAGCUGGGGGGGCAGUAGAUAAGGUAAUCUGCCCCUUAGGAGUGCUGUCAUGGCGGCCCCUGAGUCUUCCACCUGGGGCAGAUUGCCUGGGGGGUGGGAAGAGCUGCUUCAACUCGACAAAGGCAGCUAGUAUGUCCAGAUCUCUCAAUCUUUAUUCUGGUUCCUUGCUAUUAUCCAGAUAAUUAAUAAAAACCAAUGACAUAAAACUAAA